GUGUGGGGAGCUUGGGCCCAUUACCACAGCUAACCCUGAGUGAUGUUACUACUAACCCUGGCAGCCCUGUUUAGCGCGCAACUUGCUCUUGCUCGGCCGGCAGCAAGCUCUCAGUGGACAGCCCAGGAGUGGGCAGCUUCAGCGGGGGAGGACCUGGAGGCGGGCAGCCAGCAAGCAACCAAGCAACAACCGCCUGGAGAAGGCAGCUUCUUAGCCUCGUCAUCAGCUAUCAACUGUACAUCAACAACAUCACAACUUGCCCCAUUCACUUUCCGUCAUCCAUCAACGCCAACGACGACGACCUUGCGGCAAACAGCUCCGCCUCUUUCUCCCACGCCAACAACAGCAAGUCGACGAUUUCACGAUACCCUCACGAUAUACUACUAGUCAACUCCAACUCUACCGCCACCACCAACUAAUACCCAAGCCGAAACCAUGCCCGGCUUCGACUUUUCCAACUACAACCGCAAUGCGGCGCUACACGCCCGCGGCGUCCCGCUGCCCAAGGCUACCAGCACAGGAACAACCAUUGUGGGAUGCAUUUACGACGGUGGUGUAGUGGUGAGUACAGUCUCAUUCCUCCUGAAGGAUAACCUUGGCCUCCCUCCCCUCUCCCAUCCCCGCUAUAGCUACCAACCCGUUUACCAUCGCCAUCACCGUCCCCCUCCAAGAACCAACCCCCACUAACGUUUUGCCCCCUCCCAGAUCGCCGCUGAUACCCGCGCCA